AUGCCCGAUGAUCAUCUCGCAAUCUCAUUCCUUUUCCACAUCGCAGCUUCUGCUAAGCUGAAUACGUAUCGCAGGAGCUCCUUUGUCCAUGAGCGUCACCGUCGUUCUUGGUUCACAAUGGGGAGAUGAAGGCAAAGGCAAGCUGGUCGACAUCCUAUCGGCUGACUUCGACAUUUGCGCGCGAUGCGCGGGUGGUAAUAAUGCCGGACAUACCAUCGUUGUGCCUGUUGGACCUGAAAAGGUGAAGACAACCUUCGCCUUCCAUCUUCUCCCAAGCGGCCUUGUUAACCCAACAUGUGUGGGCCUGAUUGGUUCUGGAGUUGUUGUCCAUGUACCUUCUUUUUUUAAUGAGCUCGACGCCCUGGAACAGCAAGGCCUGAACUGCUCGAAUAGAAUAUUCCUGUCAGAUAGAGCUCAUCUUGUGUUUGACUUCCACCAGAUCGUAGAUGGUUUGAAGGAAGUGGAGCUUGGUGGUUCCAGCAUCGGAACCACGAAGAAAGGGAUAGGCCCGGCUUACUCCGGGAAAGCUUCUCGUUCGGGUCUCCGAGUGCAUCACCUUUUUGAUCACGAUACCUUUGCGCAAAAGUUUCGCAAGAUCGUGGAGGGUCGCUUCAAGCGCUAUGGCCAUUUCGAAUAUGACACAGAGGGCGAGAUUGAGCGCUAUAAGGUCCUUGCACAGCGCCUGAAGCCUUUCGUUGUCGAUAGCGUAGAAUAUAUUCAUAGUGCGCUGGCGGCGCGCAAGAAGGUCCUUGUCGAAGGUGCAAAUGCGCUCAUGCUUGACCUGGAUUUCGGGACGUACCCAUACGUUACCUCAUCGUCCACCACAAUUGGUGGUGUAUGCACUGGUCUUGGCAUACCUCCUAAAGCGAUCGGGCACACCAUUGGAGUUAUCAAAGCAUAUACCACUCGUGUUGGAGGAGGUCCAUUUCCAACUGAGCAGCUUAACGUUGGCCUUCUUAUAACAAUAUAUAUACAUGUAUUAACGUAUUUUCAGCCCAUCGGCGUCCACUUCCAAGAAAUUGGAAAGGAGUAUGGCACCACCACAGGUCGAAGGAGACGUUGCGGCUGGCUGGAUCUCGUCGUCAUGAAACAUUCAUGCCUCAUAAAUGGAUACGAUUCGCUCAACCUGACGAAGCUGGACGUCUUGGACGAAAUCGAGGACAUCAAAAUUGGAGUCAAGUACAUGAUCGGCGACAAAGAACUCCGAUAUUUCCCAGCCGAUCUUGAUGUUCUGGCCGAAGUCACAGUGGUUUACGUGACGCUUCCUGGAUGGAAGACGCCAAUAAGCUCGAUAACAUCGUUUGACGACCUCCCAGACAACUGCAAGAGUUACGUAGGAUUUAUCGAGAAUUUCUUGGGUACACCUAUAGAGUGGAUAGGUGUUGGGCCAGGACGUGAAAGCAUGCUGAAGAAGACGGGCACGAUAUUAACGUCGAAUUAGCAUGUCAUACUACAAGUUCGAAUGAAGGAUGGACCAUUUUUAGCAACAUAUUCUCACGCACAGUACUAGGGUGUUGCGUGUUUUGGGUUUCUUCCUU